ACGACUUCCUGUCUCCUACUUCCGGCGGCCACCUCCGUCGUUCUCCCCCUCUCCGCCGCCGCCGCCCGGCCUUUAAACCCCCUUGGUCCUCCCCCCAACCCCCACACCGGCGGCGUGAUCUGGUCUGAUCUCCUAGAUUGAUCGCUCAUUCAUUCUAUUCAUGACGCUCUCUGGUUCCCCGCACUCCCCGCCGCCGUCCACCAGCCGCCCCCCGCUCCUCUCCUGGCCCAGCUAGCCAGCCGGCGCCAGCGAGCGAGCUCUCCGUCCACCGUCAAGCUAUUAGCCAAGCUCUCUCGAGGCCGGCAAUGGCGGCGCCCAGGCCCAAGUCCCCGCUCGACCCCUGCGGCCGCCACCGCCUGCAGCUCGCCGUCGACACGCUCCACCGCCAGAUCAGCUUCCUCGAGGGGGAGAUCAGUUCCAUUGAAGGGCUCCAUGCUGCCUCCAUAUGCUGCAAAGAGGUCGAUGAGUUCAUAGGAAGGAAUGCCGAUCCAUUCAUAACGAUUUCAUCUGAGAAGGGAAACGCCGAUCAAUCUCAUCGCUUCCCAAAGAAGAUUCGAACCCGGUGGGCGUGUUUGAGCUGCUUCCCGUGGAUCUGCGGCGGUGGGUGCUCCGCAGUCCAGCUCAAGGGCCCGAGCUGCUGCUGCGGAUGCCCCCGGUGCUGCGUGGGGAGCGGGGGCUGCGGCGGCGGACCCUCGUGUGGCUGCUCAUGCUCCUGUGCCGGUUGCUCCUCCUCUUGCGCGUGCCCUGCCUGUGCCGGCUGCGGCGCCGCGUGCUGCGGCGGCGUCCCUCGCCCUCGCUGCUGCCUGUGUUCAUGAGGGGCCGUAUCGAGAUUUUUCUUCUUUGUUCUUGCUGUGUGCGUUGCCUGUAGGCUCAGGCUCGGCUGGUGUUUUUGACGGGCAUGAUGAUGAUGAUGUAUUUCUGGCUCAGUUGGCGCUGUGGAUUUGCCUGGUUUUACUUGCCACGGAGAUGGAUCACUUGUGCUUUCGUCCUUCCUAUAGUCUCCUACGUUGUAAUUAAAGCUUUGGAGAUAACUGCGGAAUGAACGGUUUUUCUCACU